CGUAAACAACGCCGAAAAGAAAGACUUUGUGCGCGUGACUGUGCAUGUCGAAAACCAAAUCGAUUUCGCCGUCACCGACACAUGAAUUCUAUGAUAUAUAUACGGAUAGUUGACGCCCCGACUGCUCUUUGAAAACUUCACUUAGUGCUACUUUUCGUUUUUGUCAAAAAUACCUCCGCGAGAGCUGAGUUGACACGAGUGUCGUUUUUCGGCGUGUGCUGCAGAUUCAAACAGUAUUUUAUUUCAGCGAUGUAGAUCGUAGUGUCUGGUGCACACGCAGAGGCUAAUCAUGUCGACGGAGCCAAGUGAACCAACUACAUGGGCUAAGCUACGCAAGAUCUGCAUAACUUGUACAGAUUAUUUCUCCUCACAUCAAGAUGAGAAUGCUUUUAGAAUCAAGGCUGCAAUUAAUGCCAUCUUGGACAAGCUGAAUGAAAUCAAGCCUUUGUACGAUGAGAUAUCUAACAUUGCACCAAUCUUUGAUUUUGAUGAGGAGACACCCGGCAAUGGGUACAGAAGCUUCCUUAUACUAGUGGACAGGUGUAUCACUUUUACGACUGAGAAGUGCAAUGGUAUGCUUGCUCAAAAGGAUUCUGUAAUGUUCAGGAAGAGUCAUCGUAUGAGGGAGAUAGAAGCAUGUUCCCAAUUACUGGCUACGCUGGGUACCUGUUUGCAACAUACGAAGACACUUUACUCCUGGCGUGAAAUCAUGGAGGAUGGACAAUAUUCAUUGUUUCCUUCUGAAGAGUUCAGGCCUCAGGAACUGCUGAAUCAGACUGAAAAUAUAAAUCAGUGUUCUUUUUAUGGAAGAUGUAUUGGUUUUCAGUUCUGUGAAGGUAUGAGGACAAUAUUGAAAUUUGUGUCCGUGGGGAUGGCCUCGUUUAGUGAACUGUACUAUGCAAAUGGCACUUUAUUUGGAAGAUGCUCUAAUUCAGUGCAGUACCUAAUGGACCCUGAAGCCAAAGCUCGUAGAAUUGUAACUAUAUCUCAACAUGCAGACAUUUCAUUUUGUCAAGCCUUCUGGCACUUAAAUGAAAGUGAUUUAUUACUAAGCUUGCCACAAAUAGUGAUGCCAACGUUGGCAAUCAAUCAGUUGAUAUCGAUACCUCCAGAGGAGAUGGAGUGUGAAACUCUUAGUGGCAAGUCAAUUAAGAUUCCCAUACCCCACAGUCAUAUUGGAUUGAAACCUAUUCACGUUAGGUUACUCAGUUGCAAACGUAGGAUAGGCAUGGUGGGAUCUGGUAGCGGCAAAGGUCAAUUAGUCGAUCAAAGCAAUUCACUGCUGAUCCACUGCCACGGGGGUGGUUUCGUCGCACAGAGUUCGAAAUCUCAUGAGGCAUAUUUGCGAACAUGGACCCAUGAGCUUGACGUUCCUAUACUUAGUAUCGACUAUAGUCUCGCACCUGAGGCACCUUAUCCACGUGCCCUCGAAGAAGUGCUUUACGCUUAUGUUUGGGCGUUAAAACAUGCUAGCUCGAUGUUGGGUAGCACAGCUAAAAAAAUCAUUUUUGUUGGUGACUCGGCUGGAGCCAACUUGAACUUAGUCACGGCCAUAAGAUGCUUAGAAUUAGACAUCAGGCCUCCUGAUGGAAUAUUUAUGGCCUACGUACCAACACUCGCAGAAUUCACUCCAUCAGCAGCUCGACUUUUGUGCCUCGGCGACCCCAUACUUCCAUUUGGUUUCAUGAUGCGUUGUCUAAAGGCUUACGCUGCGACAGAUCCUAAAAAAGAAGACACAGAAACGGACCUAGGAGAUGAAUUGAUCGAGCUAGACAGGUCGGAAGACGAGUCGUUUGCCGAGGUAAGCGAAAGUGACUUGAUCGCUUUAGCGCUGAGUCCAACCGGGGACGAGGAACGAGAUUCCCAAAAGUUAGCUUCUCUCCCAUCUGACACAACACUCAAUUCGGUCAGUUUGACAGAGAUUGACGCUGGACCAGGUACGGAGAAUUCGUACGAGGAGACCAAAUCUCAAGAAUAUAUUAAACGAUUUUUAGACAUUUACAAGAAUUCCAAGCUUGGUUCUUCUUCGGUGCCAACCCUCAAUGGUUCUGCCAGUGGUGGAAGCAACGGGGUCGCGAGUAAUAAUAAUAGCCGUCUAUGGUCAUUCUUCGGAUGGAGAAAAACACACAAAGACAAUAAAAUAAACGUACAAAGACAUCUGCCUCCAGACGGAACUAGAAAUCUAUCCGAUGAGUUCGCUUUUACCGUACCAAAAGAUCCUCACUUGAGCCCUUACAGAACGUCUGAGGAGUUGUUGAAACGACUUCCACCUGUCAAAGUUUUGAGUUUGGAUUUGGAUCCGUGCCUAGACGAUUGUGUGAUGUUCUCCAAACGAUUAAAGAAGUUGGGAAAACCCGUGACUUUAGAUAUAUUACCCGGCCUACCUCAUGGCUUUUUAAAUCUUGCAGUUGUAUCCAAAGAAGCACACGAAGGCUCUCUAAUAUGUGUCAAAAGAAUUCGCGAACUUCUGGAAAUGACGUAACCACCGGUGCUUUAAGAACAAAUUAAAUCAUUAUAAUUUUUUCACUAUGGCUGACAACGGCGAAUGAAGAAAGUAUAUACAUAUAUAAAAGCAGCGAAAAUUAAAAAGAUAUAUAAAUAUAUCUAAGUAGUCGAAUUUCGUCCAAAUAUUCACUGAUCUGAUGAGAAAAACAUUUUAACGAGAUUGACGUCGUUUGUACAUUAGUUUAAUUGAUGUGUUGCACAAAUAGUUUCUGUUGCAAACAGCAUUAAUAAUCCGUACAUACUGAAAAAAUGCAGGGUCCAACGGUAACUAGUUUUAGAUAUCUUUUGCAAGUAUUUUUAACCUUAUCCUGGUUGUACCAAAUGACGUUAUCUACUUUAUUCUAUUUAUACACAGAGAUUAGCUAAUUUUUUACUCUCAUACAUCUUGUAUAUGAUGCUUUACAUCGGGGUGCUGCAACAAGGCUAUAUUCAUUUUUUGUUGACGCGUUGAAAGAAUCUCGUUAUGUUGUUAUUAAGUUGUGUUUAGGUGUUAGUUUUUGAUUCUACAAAUAUUUAAUUUAGUACAACUGUAAUUUUUAUUUUUAUUUAUAUACGUUGAUAAAAAAAAAGUGAAUACAUUGGAGUUUGAAAACGCAUUUAGCUUUAAUUAUUACAGUUCAACUAUACAAAUUAAUAAGCAAUUUUACGAUACUGUAAAUAUACAAAAUUAGUCUUUGGUGUUUAAUGUGAUUAUUUGAUCUUUCAAUCAUAUAACGUAUACUGAUCUUUUACAUAACAAAGAACAGAAAUAAAAAUGCAUAUUGUAGAGGAAUUUCAAAAGAAAUAUAUUUACAUGCAAUGUUUUAUAAAGAUUAAAUUUAUGCAUAAAUAUUGUUUGAUUUGUACAAUAAACAGUAGAAUGUAAAAAGUUCAGGAUGGAAACAAAAUGCGAGGGCGAUGAAGGGGAGACUGAGACUGAGAAAAAGAGAGAGAGAGAGAGAGAGAGAGAGAGAGAGAGAGAGAGAGAGCGAGAGCGAGAGAGAGAGAGAGAGAGAGAGAGAGCGAGAGCGAGAGAGAGAGAGAGAGAGAGCGAGAGAGAGAGAGAGAGAGAGAGAGAGAGAGAGAGAGAGAGAGAGAC